AAAGUUAAUGAAGAAUAAACCUUUUACACGACAGCUGACCGGACCUCUUGCCUAAAAACAACGACAGAAACAGAAAAUAUCACAAAUAUUAGUUUGAAUUUGUUGUAUUUUAGCGUUUUAAACAAGGGUGACUAUUUGACGUUGUAAAGCAUGGAGCCGACAGCGCCCAAAAGCAAGCUGAAGAAACUGAGCGAAGACAGUCUCACAAAACAACCGGAGGAGGUCUUUGAUCUUCUGGAAAAACUAGGUGAAGGAUCCUAUGGCAGUGUGUUUAAAGCCAUCCAUAAGGAGUCAGGCCAGGUGGUGGCUAUCAAACAGGUGCCUGUUGAGUCAGACCUCCAGGAGAUCAUCAAGGAGAUAUCCAUCAUGCAGCAGUGUGACAGCCCCUAUGUGGUGAAGUACUAUGGCAGCUACUUUAAGAACACAGACCUGUGGAUAGUGAUGGAGUACUGUGGAGCCGGCUCUGUUUCAGACAUCAUCAGACUACGCAAUAAGACGCUCACAGAGGAUGAGAUAGCCACCAUCCUCAAGUCCACAUUGAAAGGUCUGGAGUAUCUGCAUUUCAUGAGGAAGAUCCACAGAGACAUCAAGGCAGGCAACAUUCUCCUCAACACAGAGGGCCAUGCCAAACUGGCUGACUUUGGAGUAGCGGGACAACUCACUGACACGAUGGCAAAGCGGAACACAGUGAUCGGGACUCCGUUCUGGAUGGCUCCAGAGGUCAUCCAGGAGAUCGGAUAUAACUGUGUGGCAGACAUCUGGUCCCUGGGCAUCACCUCUAUAGAGAUGGCUGAGGGCAAACCUCCCUACGCUGAUAUACAUCCCAUGAGGGCUAUUUUCAUGAUCCCAACCAACCCUCCACCUACGUUCAGGAAGCCUGAGCUGUGGACAGACAACUUCACACACUUUGUAAAGAAAUGUCUGGUGAAGAACCCAGAACAGAGAGCUACAGCCACGCAACUACUACAGCAUCCGUUCAUCACAGCCGCCAAGCCAGUCACCAUCCUGAGAGACCUGAUCACUGAGUCCAUGGAGAUGAAGGCUAAGAGACAACAGGAGCAGCAGAGAGAGCUGGAGGAGGACGACGACUCUGAAGAGGAGGUGGAAGUGGACUCCCACACCAUGGUGAAGUCUGGGUCAGAGGGGGCUGGCACCAUGAGAGCUACCAGCACCAUGAGUGACGGAGCUCAGACCAUGAUCGAGCACGGCAGUACCAUGUUAGAGGCAGACCUGGGAACCAUGGUCAUCAACAGUGAUGAGGAGGACAACGAUGAAGGCUCAAUGAGGAGACACCCCACCUCCCAGCAGGCCCUGAGACCCUCCUUCAUGGACUACUUUGACAAGCAGGACUCUAAGGUCCAACAGGAGAGCUAUAACCAUAACCGGCCGCAGGAACCAGGCUAUCACAUCAGCCAGGCUAAGAACGUCUUCCCUGACAACUGGAAGGUUCCGCAGGACGGAGACUUUGACUUUCUGAAGAACCUUGACUUUGAGGAGCUGCAGCUGCGACUGACGGCUCUGGACCCCAUGAUGGAGAGAGAGAUCGAGGAGCUGCGCCAGCGCUACACAGCCAAGAGACAACCCAUCCUCGACGCAAUGGACGCCAAGAAACGCAGACAGCAGAACUUCUGAAGAGCCUGACCUGAGGAACACAUUCUGACCUGGGCCCGUGUUCAUACAGCGGCUCACAUUCCAGAGUGCUGAUCUAGGCUAAGGUCCACUUUCCAUGUAAUCUUAUUCCUUAUGAUCUAAAAGGCAGAACUGAUGCUAGAUCAGCACUCUGGCAGCAGAACUGCUGAGGACCUUAGAAAAGGAAUUCUGACCUGGUGCUUUCUGUUAAGACCUGACCAAGGGAGAGGAGAGACCUGACCGCUGUCUGGAAUUUAAUUCACCCUGCUUCUGUGCUUCUAAAUGUCCUCCAUUUUGUCUCUCAUCACCACCCUAGUAGUAAGUGUGACCUGGAGUUAUCUUCCCAUGGCUCUGCUGGCCCUCAGGACUAUUUUAAACAAUUAUUAGCCUCCCCCUCUGUUAAUUAUGAACCUGUAGGUAGCCUUAUACCCCUCUGUUAAUUAUGAACCUGUAGGUAGCCUUAUACCCCUCUGUUAAUGAUGAACCUGUAGGUAGCCUUAUACCCCUCUGUUAAUUAUGAACCUGUAGGUAGCCUUAUACCCCUCUGUUAAUGAUGAACCUGUAGGUAGCCUUAUACCCCUCUGUUAAUUAUGAACCUGUAGGUAGCCUUAUACCCCUCUGUUAAUGAUGAACCUGUAGGUAGCCUUAUAUCCCUCUGUUAAUGAUGAACCUGUAGGUAGCCUUAUACCCCUCUGUUAAUUAUGAACCUGUAGGUAGCCUUAUACCCCUCUGUUAAUUAUGAACCUGUAGGUAGCCUUAUACCCCUCUGUUAAUUAUGAACCUGUAGGUAGCCUUAUACCCCUCUGUUAAUUAUGAACCUGUAGGUAGCCUUAUACCCCUCUGUUAAUUAUGAACCUGUAGGUAGCCUUAUACCCCUCUGUUAAUGAUGAACCUGUAGGUAGCCUUAUACCCCUCUGUUAAUGAUGAACCUGUAGGUAGCCUUAUACCCCUCUGUUAAUUAUGAACCUGUAGGUAGCCUUAUACCCCUCUGUUAAUGAUGAACCUGUAGGUAGCCUUAUAUCCCAAAGUUUGAUUGAUUAACAUUUUCUUAAAGAUACGUUUUUCCCCUUUA